AUGCCUUUCUACUCAGCAACCAACAACACCAACACCGCCAUCACAACCACCCCAUCCUUUCGCAUCCUCAUCCCAAUCUGGCUCUUCAACCUCAUCGCCACAAUCCUCAUCCUCGUCUCCUCCGCCACGAAAUUCAUAACCUGGUCCCACUGGAAAUCUUACCCAGCGAGAUCAUCCGUCAACGAUGAUGAAGACUCUCAAUGGUACCGACGUGAGGCUCCAGGAUACCUGGCAUGGGCCUCCAUACUCCUCAUCCUAGGACUCGUAACUCUUUCCCUCAAUAUCCUCUCCUACGUAUUUGUAGCUAGGAAGUGGCAGCGCGCUACUGCAGUUCUGACUGGUGGAGGCGCUCUUACAUUUGUUAUUUGGGCGGUUGUGAUGGUUUGUAUUUGGGCUAUUCCGCCUGGUAAUGCGGAUGUUUGGCAACUUUGUGGGAAUUCUACCUUCUUAAUGACGGGUAUCUGGCAAUUUACUUAUGCGUAUAAGCUGCGUCGAGCUGGAAGGGUGGGAGAAUCGGGGGCUAGGAAGAUGUUUGAUGAUGAGGAUGGGGAGAAGAGGCAGGAUAUGAUUGAGGAGGAUAAGAAGAUGCCGGGUGUUAAGGUCGUGGUGGAGUAG